UUUCGUAAGGAUUAUUUCAAACUAGUGUACUGGGAAAAAGAUGGCACUAUAUAAGGGAGCUGCCAGUGAAGCUGGCCGAGCCAUGCAGUUGAAAAAGAAAAGAGAAAAGGCACUGGAAGAACUAGAACAUCAAAAGAAGAAAAUUGAAGAAGAAUUGAAACUUUCUAACAUUGGAAACAAGUUUGCUUCUCACUAUGAUGCAGUUGAACAACAACUAAAGUCCAGUACCAUAGGAUUGGUUACAUUAGAUCAGAUGAGAGCAAGACAAGAAGAUGUUGUAAAGGAGAGAGAACGCCAACUUGCGCAAAAGCAAAAAGAAAAGGAGUUUUUGAGACAGCAAGAGAUUGAGGCAAAAAGGCGUAAAAAAGAACAACAGAAAAGACAAAUUGCUUCUCUGUCAUUUAAAAUAGAUGAAAAUGAGGAGGAAGAUGACGAGGAGGAGGAGGAGGAAAGUAUUGAUGACCAUGUGCAGAUCUUAACAGAUGAAGAUAGCCAGGAAUCAAAGACAAAUGACGAAACAGAUGAGCCAGUGGUAAAGAAGAAAAAGAUUGGCAAGAAUCCAAAUGUAGAUACUAGUUUUUUGCCUGAUAAAGAGAGAGAAGAAGAAGAACAGCGAUUGAGGGAGGAACUGAGGCAGCAAUGGGAAGAAAAACAGCAGAAACUUAAGAGUGAAGAAAUCCUGAUUACCUUCAGCUACUGGGAUGGUUCUGGUCACCGUCGUAGUGUAAAGAUGAAGAAAGGAAACAGCAUCUACCAAUUCCUUCAAAAAUGCCUGGAAUUGUUGAGAAAGGAGUUUAACGAGCUUCGAGCAGUUAUGGCAGAUCAACUGAUGUAUGUCAAAGAAGAUUUAAUUAUUCCUCAUCAUUAUACCUUCUAUGACUUUAUAGUGACUAAAGCUCGAGGAAAGAGUGGACCUCUAUUCAGCUUUGAUGUUCAUGAUGAUAUCCGACUUGUUAGUGAUGCCACUGUAGAAAAAGAUGAGUCACAUGCAGGUAAAGUUCUGUUGCGAAGCUGGUAUGAGCGCAACAAACACAUAUUCCCUGCAUCACGCUGGGAACCAUAUGACCCAACAAAGAACUAUGAAAAAUACUCUAUAUCUGAUAAAAAGAAGUGAUGUUGAGUUGAACAACAUAACUAUUGUAGUAAGCCAUUAGGAAGUGGGAAUUUUUAGCAGUACAUUUUUGUUAUUUUUACAGAUUCUGACUUAAGAAAUAUAAGACAUUUCGAUGUUAAACUUUAGUGUCUUUUUUUUUUAUUCUGCAUGUGCAAAGUUUUAAAUGUAUAUAUUUUUUGUGUAAUAUGUUGUACCGUGACUGUUGAAAGAAAUCAAUAAGUUCACUAAGGGCUGAAAAAUCAUUAACAGCGAGAUACCCAACUGAUGACCUAAGGCAAGUGGUUAUAGAAACAUUUAAUGAUUUGCCUGUUACUGACAUUAAGAGUAAUUAUUAAUGAUGAUUUUUUGGAACCUUUAUGAUUUAAGUUAUUACAUAAUUGAUACAGAAAUAUAUUUUGUGAAAAUGUAAUUGAUAUACAAGUUCAAGAUGCCUUUUGUUGUAUUUAAAACAAUUCACCAUUUGUUAUAAAACUUUAUACUAAUUUGUGUUUUGUAUCUUCUAAUACUUUCCAAGAAAUAGAGAUGGAGAAUGUAAAUGUGGUAAUUUUGUUCUAUAUUUAAGAACUAUGCAUUGCAUUGACUUAUUUUGAUACAUAUCUUAGUAAUUGAUGUGUUCGAAGGAAAACGAAGUUUGAUAAUAAAUAAGAUUACGACACUUA